AUUUGUUGUUCUGUCAGUGCCUUACUUUGUACAGGUGGCAACACUGGUUUUGGUUGUGUUACAGAAAAAGAAGGACAUGAGCUCUUUAGGUUGUCUUUUGUGUUGAUGGGAAAAGCAGAGUGGAAAGUGGUUUGCUUUUUGGCUGACUUGGAAGUGACCAAGAUGCUGCAGAAGAAAGCUGAGAGUACAUCCAACCUGAGGGUUAUCAUUAGAGACAUUUUAUGGCUUGCUUCGUCUAUUAUUAUUUGUGUUUUUGUGUUUGAUCCUGGAACUUGUUGUUCUAGUUUGUCUUUACCUUCUUUGACGGUUGUUACAAUCCCGGUUGUUGCUAGGCUUGUAUGUGCUGGUGCAGGGUUUGUAAUGCAGUGCCCAGUUGGGUACUCGGUU